AUGGACAUUUCGGGAAAUCUGCCCCAGGCCUCGGUGCACAAGAAGCGGCGGAGGCCCGCCUUGGCAUGCGAGCAGUGCCGCCGGCGCAAAGUCCGAUGCGACAGAAACCUCCCCUGCAACACCUGCGUCCGCUCCAAGCACGCUCUCUGCACGUACGCCUCACAUACCAAGUCGGCACCGCGGAAGAGUCCAGAGCAUGGCGCUGAAGUGCCCGUUGAUUCCAUGGCACUGGCUCUCAGAUGUCCCGAGCCCAUUCUCCCCGCAUUCCAACCCUUGCCCUCGCCGCCGAGGCGCUCGGGAGCUUCGUCCACGGCUGCCAGAACCCAGGCUGAUCAUCGUUCCCGAAUACGGUUGGCCGAGACCCCCGAGGAAUACCCCCUGUUUGCACCGACGCCCAGUUCCGGCGAGCACUCGGGCCCGGCGGACUUUGGGACGUGGCAGCCCGUCAACGGCCCUUGGGCUCCUGUCACUGUUACGGCUAGUAUUCGUGCGGAUACGGCGUCGACACCUGGGAGUUGCCCCGGCUCUUCGUCCACCGUCAACUCUCUCAUGGAAAGGGUGAAGCAACUGGAGCAGCAACUGUCGGACCUAACCGUGAGAAACAAAGGCGGAGGUGAUGUGGCGGCGCCCGAGUGCGUUUCUGUCCCUCGCGAAGGGCUGAAGUACAGUCGGGGUUGUGUAAGUAAGACUCGUUACUUUGGCCAGAGUCACUGGAUGAAUGCCGCCGACACUCUCUACCGCUUGGUCAACUUCGCGAGGAAGUUCGAGGGCCGGAAGAAUUCUCAACUCUAUGCCGACCUCGAGAAGUGCAAGAAGCUGGCACGCGUCAUCAAGGCCCGCCGCACCCCCUCCUUCGCGUCCAUCACCACGGGCCAGAACAUGCCGUCCCGCGAGCUGGCCGACGUACUCGUCGACAUCUACCUCCGCACCUUCGAGUCCGUCCACCGCAUCGUCCACAUCCCGACCUUCAGGGCCGACUACGAGCGGUACUGGCAGAACCCCUCCGAGGCGACCGACACCUUCGUCAUCCUGCUGCAGCUAUGCAUGGGCAUCGGCGCCACCAUGUACGACGAACGCUUCACCCUCCGCACCCUUGCCAUCCGGUGGUUCUGGGAGGGCAUGUUCUGGCUCAUCACGCCCUGCGAGAAGUCCAAGAUGACCGUCAACGGUCUGCAGAUCCGCUGCCUGAUGCACUUCCUGCGGCACACUGCCAACAUCGGCUGUGACCUCUCGUGGAUUGGCGCCGGCGCCAUCGUCCGGACCGCCAUGUACAUGGGCCUGCACCGCGACCCCAAGGCCAUCGUCAAGAUGUCCCCCCACCGCGCCGAGAUGCGCCGCAGGCUCUGGGCCACCAUCCUCGAGAUCGUGCUGCAGACGAGCAUCGACUCGGGCUGCCCGCCGUUGAUAUCGACCCCCGACUACGACACCGAGCCGCCCGCGAACCUGGACGACGAGCAGCUGGUCGAGGACGCCGAGUCCGUCUUCCCCGUGCCGAGGGACCCCAAGGUCCACACCCAGAUGACGGUGCCCCUCGCCUUGUUCGCGUCUUUCACGACACGUCUCGCCAUAGCCAAGCGCGUCAACGAGUUCCGUUCGGACACCCUCUACGAAGAGACGCUCCGGCACAGCAAAGAGCUGAGCGCCUCGCUGCAGAGAAUGAUGCGGCAGCUCAACUCCCACCCAGCCGUGACAUCCUUCCAGCUUCGAUACGUACAGUUCAUGUCGUACCGACUGUUCUUCGCCCUCCACCAGCAGAUCAUCCCCUUGGCUCUGCGGAACCCGGUAUACUACUUCUCUAGGAAGAUGACCGUCGACACGGCCCUCCGCUUAUCCGAAGCUGCCUUUUUGUGCCCGGAUAAGGCAGGGACCGGGCCCAUGAAACCCUCCACGCCGUCCGAGGUCGACUUUUACCGGCUGAUUAUCAACGGCGCCGGAACGUACCGCUCUGUCUCGUUCCAGGGUGUCAUGACGAUAGGUCUCGAGCUCAUCAACCUCAAGGAGGAAGAGGCGAACAACGGCCCCUCCAUGUCCGUCAUCGGCUCCGAGGCCCAACUGCGCGGCGUCCUCGACGCGGUACACGACUGGUCCCGCCGACGGAUCCAGUCCGGCGAGACCAACAUCAAGGGUCACGCCCUCGGCGUCGUGCUCAUCACCCAUGUCCACGGCCUGGAGAACGGCGUCAUCGACGACAAGAUCGAGGACUACUUCGAGGCGGCGUGCCAGGAGCGGGUCACCGAGUGCUACGACCUGCUGCGAAACUUGGCCGGGGACGGCGUGCUGGAGGAGGGGAUGGACAUGCCGCACAUCCACGACCUGGAUAUGGACUUUGACGACGGGACCGACCUGCUGGCGGACUGGGACUGGGAGUCGAUGGAAAACAACAUGAAUUUUGGGAGCUUCCCGGACACGAUGCUCUUGUAG